AUGAGUCGUUGUAACUUUGUUGUUUGGACGGCUGCCACAGCCAUAGCCACCACCGCUAUUGUCGAGGCGCUACAUUUUUAUUUCUCCAAGUCCAAAAACCAGGUUUUGGGACCCACAACCAAAGAAGUUGUGUCCACGAUCCCAGAUUUCUCCGAAGAACUUAUUAGAGAGCAGCUUGCAAGAAACUAUGCUUUCCUCGGUGACGACGGUAUGCGGAAAGUUCGUGACCAGUUUGUUGUUGUUGUUGGUGCUGGUGGAGUAGGAUCCAACUGUGCGACUGCCCUUGUUAGAUCUGGAGUAUCGAAAAUCAGGAUCAUUGAUUUUGAUCAGGUCAGCCUGUCUUCCCUUAAUAGACACGCGGUUGCCAUUGGAAGGGAUGUUGGUACGCCAAAGGUGGAUUGUCUGCGGAGACAUUUGCUCCAGAUUGCGCCUUGGUGCGAGAUUGAGGCCAUCAACACUCUUUUCACCAUCGAGAACGCCGAGUCAUUAAUUUUGAAAGGCAACCCUUCCUAUGUUGUUGACUGCAUUGACAAUAUCGAUACCAAGGUUGAUUUGCUCACUUUCUGCUACGAAAAUAAGGUGCCUGUGAUUUCUUCGAUGGGAGCAGCUUGCAAAAGUGACUCCACAAGAGUGAACAUUGCCGAUAUCUCUGCUUCCGACGAAGAUCCUUUGGCUCGUUCUGUCAGGCGCAGAUUGAAGAAGAAGGGGAUCAUAAAGGGCAUUCCAUGUGUCUUCUCGAGUGAGAAGCCGGACCCCCGUAAAGCAAGCCUGCUCCCUCUUCCCGAUGAAGAGUUCGAGAAAGGUCAUGUGGACGAGUUAAGCGCGUUGCAAAAUUUCCGAGUGCGGAUCUUACCGGUUUUGGGCACGAUGCCAGCCAUGUUUGGCCUGACGAUAGCGACGUAUCUCGUGACCACCGUGUCUGGAUAUCCCGUGGAGCCGAUUGAGGGCAAAAAUCGGAUUAAAGUCUACGACGGCAUCUUGCAGAGCUUGGCAGGACAGCAGGCCAGACUUGGGCAAAAAGAUCAGCGCGUACAAAUUGCUAUGAGUGACGUGAACUACAUCUUGGAAGAGGUGUUCCGUGGAAAGUCGCCUAUCAGCGGAUACUCGACAAGGUUAGCGCUUUCUAGAUGGAAAAAAGACGAGCCACUCUCGUUGCAAAACGUGGUGAUCAUGACUAAGGAGGAACAAAAAAUACACGAGGACAGAGUUCUUCUAGGCGGCGAGAAGCUAGAGGAUGUCUACUCCAAAGAAGUUCUCGACUUGGUGGCGAAAAGAUUCGAGGAGGAAAAAUACUAUUCCAAGUUCCGUUGA